GCCGGGGCUCUUGGCUGGGCCGCGCCGCUGCCCGUCCCGCGGCGCUCCGGCGGAGAGAGGAGCGGGAGCAGCGACCGCGCGCGGCAUGAACCGGGCUCAGCGCGGGGCCGCGGGCAGCCGCGGCCUGGGCACCAUGGAGGUGAAGAGCAAGUUUGGGGCAGAAUUUCGACGAUUUUCUCUGGAGAGAUCCAAACCUGGAAAGUUUGAGGAGUUCUAUGGAUUAUUGCAGCAUGUGCACAAGAUCCCAAACGUUGAUGUUCUGGUGGGAUACACGGACAUUCACGGAGACCUGCUGCCUAUCAAUAAUGAUGACAAUUAUCACAAAGCAGUUUCUACAGCCAAUCCUCUCCUCAGGAUUUUCAUUCAGAGAAAAGAAGAUGCAGACUACAGUGCCUUCGGGACGGAUACCAUGACGAGGAAGAAGAACGUCUUAUCCAACGUGCUACGUCCGGAUAACCACAAGAAGAAACCCCACAUUGUCAUUAGCAUGCCCCAGGACUUCAGGCCCGUGUCCUCCAUCAUAGACGUGGAUAUUCUGCCCGAGACCCACCGCAGGGUGCGGCUCUACAAGUACGGCACCGACAAACCCCUGGGCUUCUACAUCCGCGACGGCUCCAGCGUCAGGGUCACCCCGCACGGGCUGGAGAAGGUGCCGGGCAUUUUCAUAUCCAGGCUGGUCCCCGGGGGGCUGGCUCAGAGCACGGGCCUGCUGGCUGUCAACGAUGAGGUGCUGGAGGUGAACGGGAUAGAGGUGUCAGGAAAAAGCCUCGAUCAAGUUACAGACAUGAUGAUUGCGAACAGCCGCAACCUGAUCAUCACGGUCAGACCCGCCAACCAGAGGAACAACGUCGUGAGGAACAGUCGGACUUCGGGCAGCUCCGGCCAGUCCACUGAGUCCAGCCUUCCCAGCAGCACUCCAAACAUUCUGGGGAGUCUGCUGCAAGGAGAAGAGGAGAGCGAUGAGGAGGACAUUAUUAUUGAAGACAGUGGCGAGCCACAGCAGAUCCCAAAAGCUGCGUCUGCCAGCGAAAGCAUAGAAUCCUUAUCACAAAUUGAACUCCUCCACGAGUCCACACAAAAUGGAUUCCUUCCUUCCAAUGAGAUGAACUUGAAUCACUCAGCAGGCAGCAUUAGCAUGGAGUAUGAAGUCCCAGAGCCAGGGCGUAAGUCCUUAGAAGAAGAUGGAACUAUAAUAACGCUAUGAAAUGACUUUGGUGUACUUUGUAUAAGUAAGGAUGCCAUACGUGUUUAAAUUGGGCUUCAUAUGUAACACAUCUUAUACCUCUCCAUCUACCAAGCACUGCAGUUAGAUUAAAAGGAGGGAAAAAAGUAAAUUCAAGAAAUUCAAAAUUACAUAAGUUGACUAACUUCAUUAAUUCUGCACUUCAAUGUAAAUAAUUCACAAAGCUGGAUGAUAAUUGAUAAAUAGCUGAAAUUGAAUGAGGAAAAUUUAAAUUGAAAAUGAAGGAUAGCUAAGAGAUGACUGUGAGCUUUCUUUAAAGGUACUUGAUUUUUAUUAUUUUUUAAUGCCGUAUACUACUGGUCCUGUAGAAGUAAACUUCCUUCCGUGUGCGGCCGACCGUCUCGUGGACUGUGGUGUCACGUUCCUCUGACGUGUGAUGGAGCUGCUGCAGCCCCCUCACUCCUGUCCUGCUGCUGCUCUGCUGGCAGGGCUGUGUGUGGGCUCUGGGCAAGAGGCAACUGGGAGAAAGCCAGAGGUGGGCUGGGAGGAGAUGGGGGUGACUGCUCUGGUCCUGGCUGACACAGGGCCAGCAGGGCUCUGGAGGUCACUGUUCCUUUGUGAGUGAAUGUGCAACCACAGGUGGGUUAGUCAGGCACCAUUACUGGUUUUAAUGGCCAGGCAAGCUUGCUUUUAAUGACUCUGAUUUUGAAAUUCAGAUGUGAAAGUCUUAACACUAAUGCAUCAAAGACCUGUUCUCAUUCUAGUUUGCAAUAUUUAAGGAUAUCAUUGGAUUUAGGUACUAAUCCCAGUACAUUACAAACAAAUCAAAUGUAAACUUAAUGCUAUGGAAAUAGCAUCAUGUAAUCUCUGUUACAAUUGCAGUCCUAGUAGAAACUGUAAUGAUUUCUACUAGCAAAGGUUUGUUGGAAUGAGUCUGGAUUAUAUAAAAGUGACUUUCUUCAAACCUGAAAAGUUAGAACAGUAUGAAUCCCUGGAUUAAAACAAGUUUUAAAUCAGAAUGAGGCUUUACUACACCUUGUUUGAGCCAUGUGAUAUUAACUUAUUCAUUACCAGUAAAUGCAGAUUGCUGUGUGCCCCUGGCUGGGUGUUGUGGAUAUUACAGUGUUGCUCUGUGUGAAAACACUGAUGACAAGUCCUGAUGCUGCAAGAGCAGACGUGGUGUGUGUAAGCACUGCACUCACUGGGACAGCUGCAGGGGAGCCUUCUAGCAUUGUUUUUAUCCUUCCCCUUUUUGUAUCUCUUGCUUUAUCCCUUUGGCCCUCGGUUCCAAACCUGACUUUCCUCUGGGAGCAGAAGUUGUGGCAGGAAAAUGAGCUGGGGACUAAUAGGACUGGGGAGAAGGAUCUCCCCAGGGAUGCCGUGGCCUCUGUCAGGGGGAGUAGGGUGCCACCAGUUCUGUCCUGUGCUCCCCAGAGCAGCAGUCAGGUGCUUGGGAGCCUGUUCCACCCUCUGGGAAGAUGUGAUGAGUGGGAAGGGAGACUGACCCCUUUCUUUUUUUCUCCUCAGCCUAUUUGAGGAAAAUCUACCUCUGGUAACUUUACUAACGGGCGACCAACUCAACUCAAUGGUAGGGCAUCUGUAAAAGUCGUCACAGAGUAUCGGAGGCUAAACCUGUGUUUGUUUCAGGUUUUUGUGAUGAUGCAAACACUGCUGCAGAAACAACUCCCUGCUGUUUGAUGUGACAAAGUGCACAUUUGAAAUUAGUAUCUGAUGAGCAGUAGUUUUGUCAAACCUCCAAUGCCAUCGGAGUCCAAGAUGCCGAGGGAGGCAUUCAUCCCCUUAGGAUUUAUGGAGAAUAGAUACAGCAGGCAGUGGUACUCUGCAAAUACAGGUGAGGGCCUCUUUUGUUACACUUAUUUAUGGUUUCUCUGUGUGUGUGUGGAGAGCCCUUUUACAAGAGCAAGAUCUUUCAAGUGUUUCACUUUUUUGCUAAUAAUUAUUAAAAAUGAAGUAACUACAUUCCCUUAGUGUGAAAUGAGAAAAAGAAAUGUUCAUUCUGCAACGUGAGACUUUACCUGUACGUGUUUUCUCUCAGUGCUGCUCUAUGCUUCCUUUCUUUACGGAAGAUUGUUUACUUUGAAAAUAUCUUUAUUUUCCUUUGUCAAAAGACUUUCCUUCCUGCAUGAAAUCACCAGUGGAGGGUGAGAUUCAUUAUUCUGCUAGUUUGCACUUCUGUGCCUUUGGUUUACUUGAAUGUAUUGUGACUAAUCCAAGGAAUAAAGGCACUUGGAUGGGAAGAGAAGAGAGGUCCAGAGGUACAGAGAAGGAACUGGUAGUGCACUUAAUGCAGGUGUAACGUUUUCAUUCCAUGCAAAUCCACUCUGGGGCUGGUGUGGCCCGUGAGGAUUUUGCAGCUCAGAUCACAGCUGGGAGGGCUGAGUCUGGCCAGGAACCUGGGCAGGUCCCAGCCCCGAGGCUGCUGUGCUGCCAGGCACGUGCGUGGGUAGUUUGAAUAAUAUUUAUGCCAGUAUUAGGGACUUGUGGAAAUUUAACUGAGGUCCUACUCUAAACUGCAUGAGACUUCAUCUCUUGGGACCUUUCCUGCAAACCGAGUAAUCUAAACAUGAGAUAAUGUUCUUUUUGACAUAGAUUCUCUUCUGUUUCACAGAAAUUUGGUGACAUAAGCAUUUGGGACUUGAUAAAAACUUAAAAGAAUAAAUGUAAAGAAUGUGUAUUUACAGGUACAAUGACAGACUGCACAGCAUGUAAUUGCUUAACGCUGCAGUUACCAUAAAGUUUCUAAAGUUCUUCCAUAUCUUACUAAUACAUACACUGUUAAUUACAGAAGAUUUAAAAAUUGCUACUUAGGGAUGAUCAAUGGUUGAUUAUGAGUGGCUAAAUUUAAUUUUAUAUAUAAAUGAUACUGGGGUUCAGUAUAAGAUUUUUUUAAAAUAUGCUGAUAUUGUUAGCCUUUCAUUCACUACCUCCUAAAUUUUUAACAUCUAUACUGUUUUCUCCCUGGAAGACAAUACUUAAAGGCUUGACUGUUUUAUAUAGAUUUUAUCUAUAGCUAAAAAAAGGAGAAAAAAAUCCAGAGGUGAUAGUGAGGAUGCUGCGCAUGAUUGACAAUAUUACGCUGCUAUUGAUGUAAUCUGUGUAUUAAGUAUCCUGUGUGUGUAAAUUGUAUUUUCAAUCCAGGUUUUAUAAAUUAAUUUAUGAAAUACCCAAAUUACUUCAGAAUGGAAUGAAAAACUAAAAUUCCUUUGACUAGUGUUAUAUGUUGUGUACAUGCACAGAGGGGGACAAGUGAUUCCUCCCUGGUGGCUGGGAGAUCCAAGUGCACCUUAAUAGAAAGAACAAAUUCUUAAUAGAAUUAAGAUGCAUUUACUUUAAAGUUCUGCUGUGGUACUGGAGAAGUCAAGCCUAACUGUGAAUCAUUUUUUUUUCCACACCUGAAUUAAAUUUAGGACAAUGUUCUCACAAGCUGUCUUUAACAUGUGUAUUUUUGUGAAUAUUAUGUAUUUUCUAAUUAAAUUUUACUUGCAAUGUGAUUUUUACAUGAAUGAACUUGUUUAAAAUGUCAAAUAUCAGUAUUUUUCUUACAACUUUAAUGUAUAAUGUACAUUGGU